CGGGCGCAUGUGUCGUCGCUUCAGGGGUUGAACCAACCUUUCCAACACAGCUGACGGUCUCCUCAGCUGUCACUCAGCUAAGCCGGCAGUGACGUUGCCUAGCAUCGGAAACAGGGGCGGUCUCCGAUGAGGGAGCUGCCGGAGUUCGGGGAGCGGAGCUGGGAGAGGCCGAGGCUCGGGCCGGGGCCUGCGGAGCCACCGGGGUCAUGCGAGGCGCAGCGGCAGAGGAGGACGCCGCGUCCUACCGGGUGCUAAGCCGGCUGCUAGGCUGCGGAGCAGAGGCUGGGGAGGAGGCGGCAAGACCCAGGCUCAUGGUGUUCCGGAAUAUGCUACGAGGGGAGGAGGACGCGGAGGCCUCCACGGAGCCAGGGGCCGGAGUGGAAGAGGUGCCCGCAGAGGGGGCUCCCCUCGCGGCUGAGCUGUGCAGUCGGCAUCGCAAAGUCGCGCAUCCCGGGGAGGGCCUGGAACUGCAGCUCGGGGCGCUGGGGCUGCGGGGGGCCGGCUGCCCGUGCGAGGAGACCAGUGAUGCCCUGCUGGUGCUGGAGGCGCCCGAGGCCCGGAGGCUAGAGGAGGAAGAGGACGCCGCAGAGGCAGUGGAGGGACAGGCCGGGGCGGCCGCCCGGAGGGGAACGGGGAGGAAGGGGUCGCUGAGGAUUCGCCUAUCCAGGAUUUUCCGGACCAAGAGCUGCGCUGGAUCCGGGGCUGCUGCGGACAGGAGAGGAGCUGGCGACCUGGGAGGCUCUGGCGGCAGCCUGACUGACAUGUCCAGGGAGCGGGAGCUGGACAGAAAGCCCCGUUUGACCAGAACUCAAAGUGCCUUCUCUCCAGUCUCCUUCAGCCCCCUCUUCACUGGCGAAACGGUGUCACUUGUGGAUGUGGACAUUUCUCACCGAGGAUCAUGCUCUACACACCCCCCUACUCCACCUCCACCUCCCCGUAGGAGUCUCAGCCUUCUAGAUGACAUUGGAGGCAUACAACCAGCAUCUGUUCUAGUAGGUCCCAUGGGGUCUUCUCUGCAGUCCUUUCCGCUCCCCCCACCACCGCCGCCGCAUGCUCCGGAUCCUCUGCCACGGGUGGUUCCUCUUCGGCCACCCGAGUGCAUGCCUGUUCCACUGGUGCAACCCUUACAGUGCCCCAUAUUCCGACAGGAUGCCAGCACCUUUGCUGCUAGCCUGAGAGAACUGGAAAAGUGUGGCUGGUACUGGGGUCCUAUGAAUUGGGAAGACGCAGAAAUGAAAUUGAAAGGAAAACCAGACGGCUCAUUCCUAGUGAGAGAUAGCUCUGAUCCUAGAUAUAUCCUGAGCCUCAGCUUUCGCUCCCAAGGCAUCACCCACCACACGCGCAUGGAGCAUUAUCGAGGCACGUUCAGUCUCUGGUGUCAUCCCAAGUUUGAAGAUCGUUGCCAGUCAGUAGUUGAAUUUAUUAAACGAGCUAUCAUGCACUCAAAAAAUGGGAAGUUCUUGUAUUUCCUGCGUUCACGGGUGCCAGGUCUCCCUCCUACUCCAGUACAAUUGUUAUACCCUGUGUCCCGCUUCAGCAAUGUGAAGUCUCUGCAACAUUUGUGUCGCUUUCGUAUUCGGCAAUUAGUCCGGAUAGACCACAUUCCAGAGCUCCCUCUACCCAAACCUCUCAUCACGUACCUGCGCAAGUUCUAUUACUAUGACCCGCAGGAGGAAAUAUACCUUUGUUUAAAGGAGGCUCGUCUUGUUCCCAAAAUGGAAUCUGGUACCGAGAGCUCCACGUAGCAAGGCUCUCAAAAAUAUUUUAUUUUGUUUGACCCAGGAAACAGAACACUGGUAUGAGAACACUGGAUAACCCCCAGGAAUGGAGCAAUUUGGUUGCAGAUCCAGCUGAUCACUUCUGUCCCUCCAUUCACACAAUCGAGGGAUAACUUGCAAGUUCUCUUUUAAGAAAAAUGGAUUUGAGUGCCACACUGCCAGCACUUUCCUAAACCCCAUAUUUCCAAAAGCCCCUGCAGAGAAGUUAAUUGCCGAUUAUACAGUUCUGCCAGCAUCUUUACUGUUACAGUAUGCUAUUGUGGCAACAUUUCCUGGGGAAUAUUUCGAACAACAUGGGCUUUGGCCCCAUUCAAACUACUGAACAACAGGUCAUCUCAUUCUGGAGUUUCUUCAGAACUUCUUGUGUAAGCAUCACUUGAAAACUUCUUUACGAUAUAGUGGGCUCCAGUCCUCCCGCAUUGUAAGCUAUUUUACUGGGAAAGGUCCAGUAAUUCUGUACAUCUCAUAAACAUUUGAUAUCUUUGGAAGUUCUCUCAGCCCAGUUUCCAGUUACAGACAGAUUAUACUACUGAUACACCUCUCACAAUGAACCUGCAGGGCAGCCUUGACUUGUACUACUGAUGGAACAGUGCAAUUUUACUUCUAGGAUCAUGAAUGUCCUGUCGCCCUAUAAUGUGAUUUCCCACAUUUUGGUGUCUUAAUCCAGGCAAAACAUUUGCAAAAGUUACCGGUCUGCUCACUGGAGAUAACGCACCCAUAUCUAAGACUGAGAUAAGUUACGGCUACUAGCCAGGUUACCUGUACUAGUAACCCACAUGAUUUUUCGUUGUGACUGCCAGAACCAUUCCCUAGUCCCUUAAAUAAUCGCUGCACUUUUUCUUUUAUUUUAUCUACAUCCUUCCCCCCCCCCCCCACAUUUUUGGUUGGUGGAAAUAGUGAAGAUUUUUUGCUGCCCUUACAAAGGAAUAAUGUAAAUUCAAUUAAUGGAGGAAAAGGAAGAAAACUUAACUCCAGCACAAUCCUCCCCCCAUCCCUAAAUUCUUAAUAAUUUUGUGUAUAUUUUUUUCUGCGCUUAAUUUAUUGAAUAUUAGUCUGUGUGUAAUUUAUUUUACAUGUCUUUUGACUCUUUCCUCAAGUUCCUUGUUGAGUUUUAAUAUAUGAAACUUGCUGCAGAACCGGUCCUGCGUGAUUGUUUGGGAUGUCAGAAGAAGAUUAAUGUGCCCUACAAGCCCUGUUUGUAUAUAUUGUGUUAUAGGCAUGAUAGGGACACAUUAUUUCCCAUUUUAAUUUUUUAUUUUUUAAACCUAUUUUUUGGACUCCCAAGAAUUCUUUCUUUGUAGACGUUGAAUAGGAAUUAACGGCAAAAUUGUUUUGUGUCAGUGAUGAGUCUUUCAAUUUUGUCUCUCCCUUUCCUUCCCGGUCCCCAGACAUGAAAGCACUCAUCUAUCUCAGCUCCUGUCUUUGGUGCUUUAUAGAUUGACUUUUUUUGUUUUGUUUUUCAGCCAUUUUGUCGUUGGAUAUUUCAAGAGGGGUGGCGAAUGGGUUUAAAAUAAACCGUUUAGAUAUAACAACAA